AUGAGGGCCGGUGUGCCCCUGCUGGUGGCCUUGCUUUGUGGCCUGGCCUGCGCUGGAAAAACAGACUCCUGUGCAUCUCGCUGUAGCGAGAAGUUUAACCAGGAUGCUGCCUGCCAGUGUGACCACCGCUGUACCCGGCACGGAGACUGUUGUGAAGACUAUGAGUACCUGUGUGCAGCUAAUGAGGGCCCUGAAGACCCAGCGCCAUUUCUAGAAUUGGAAGAAGAUUCUGAAGAGGCCCUGGUCAGCCACUUGUACUCAGCACCCGACUCCUGCCAGGGCCGCUGCUAUGAAGCCUUCGACAAACACCACCCGUGCCACUGCAAUGCCCGCUGUCCAGAGUUUGGGAACUGCUGCGUAGAUUUCGAGAGUCUGUGUGCUCACGAGGGCUUCUCCCACAGCAGUGAUGCCAUAACCAAGGAGGAGCUGCAGAGCAUCUCUGAGAGGAUCUACCAGGCAGAUGUCAACAAGGCCCGGAAGGAAGACAUCAUUCUCAACAGCCAGAACCGAAUCUCCCCCUCCGAGGCAGGGGACCAGGUGGACCGUUGCCCAGAGCCGCUCUUCACCUAUGUCAAUGAGAAACUGUUCUCCAAGCCAACCUAUGCCGCUUUCAUCAAUCUCCUUAACAACUACCAACGAGCAACUGGCCAUGGGGAGCAUUUCAAUAGUCAGCAGCUGGCCGAGCAGGACACCUUCCUCACAGAGGUCAUGAAGACAGCCGUCAUGAAGGAACUCUACAGCUUCCUCCAUCACCAGAACCGCUACAGCUCAGAAAAAGAAUUCGUUGACGACUUGAAGAACAUGUGGUUCGGGCUCUAUUCAAGAGGAAGCGAAGAGGGGGAUUCAAGUGGCUUUGAACAUGUCUUCUCAGGUGAAGUCAAAAAAGGCAAGGUCACUGGCUUCCACAACUGGAUCCGUUUCUAUAUGCAGGAGAAGGAAGGCCUGGUGGAUUAUUACAGCCACAUCUACGAUGGGCCUUGGGAUUCUUACCCUGACGUGCUAGCUAUGCAGUUCAACUGGGACGGCUACUAUAAGGAAGUGGGGUCAGCUUUCAUCGGCAGCAGCCCUGAGUUUGAGUUUGCACUCUACUCUCUGUGCUUUAUCGCCAGGCCAGGCAAAGAGUGCCGGGUAAGCCUGGGUGGAUAUCCCUUGGCCAUCCAGACCUACACCUGGGACAAGAAUACCUAUGGAAAUGGCAAAAAGUACAUCGCCACAGCCUAUGUGGUGUCUUCCACCCAGUAGAGCUUUGAAAAUAGCAUGAGGGCAAGAGAGAGCUUUGGCAGGACUAUGCUGGCCAUACCUGCUCUAUGCUGGUGCAGAAAUGGGGAUACUGGGAGGGACUAGCCCAGAAAUGUCCACGUGGGAAAGAGAAAAGAGACUAAUUAGAAAAGUGCAGAGAAACAGUCAAGGCUUUGUCCUCCAGCAUUUUGGCAAAACAGAUUAAAAAA